GAAAUGUUGUUAAUCUACCAUACAUAGCUUUGACCUCUGGUUUUAUCUUAUCCAAUUUGAAAGCUCUACGUUUUUCCUUCUUAAAUUGAGAAAGCUUUCUUUGGUUGAUACUUGAAAAUCUCCCAAACCUUUGCAGGUUUUCAUGGCUUUUAUCUGUAUUUUUGAAGUUCUCUUGGCUAUCAUUUGCUUUCUAUUUCUCUUCUGCUUGAGAAAUAAUGUUCAUGGGACUCCAAAGAAUUUCCCUCUUGUUGGGAUGAUGCCAGGGCUUCUCCUCAACACCCAUCGGAUUCACGACUGGUGCACCGAAAUCCUUGAAAGAUGUCAAUGCAGCACUUACCUUUUCCAAGGCCCUUGGUUUGCUAAGAUGAACAUGUUGGUCACCUGCGACCCUGCCAACAUUCACUACAUAAUGAGUUCAAACUUCUGUAACUUCCCCAAAGGGUCCAAGUUCAAGGAGAUUUUUGACAUCUUGGGAGAUGGGAUUUUCAAUGCUGACAUGGAUUUGUGGAAAAAACAGCGGAAAGCUGCUCAAGGAUUCAUGAGACAUCAGCUGUUCUACCUAUUUUUGUUACGGACCAGCCGAGCUAAGGUGGAAAAGGGGCUAAUUCCUGUCCUUGAGCAUGUCGCCAAACGAGGCUUGGUGUUGAACUUAGAAGACGUUUUCCAAAGGUUUGCAUUUGAUUCUACAUGCAUCUUGGUUACUGGCUACGACCCCGAAUGCCUCUCCGUCGAAUUCCCUGAAGUUCUUUUCUCCAAGGCCUUGGAUGAUGCAGAGGAAGCGAUAUUUUAUCGGCAGAUCAGGCCACAAAGCUUUGUUAAGUUGCAAAGGUGGCUGAACAUGGGGCAAGAGAGGAAAUACAGAAAGGCUUGGGAAGUUCUUGAUGAUAUAAUACCUAAAUAUAUAUGCCAGAAAAGAGAAGAACUGAACAAACUGAAGGAAGGGUUCGUAUCAGAAAUUGAUGAAGAGGGCGUGGAUCUCUUAACAUCAUACAUAACUGAAGAGAAGACAACAGAUUUGAAAUGCGACGACAAGUUCUUGAGAGACACCAUUUUAAACAUGAUGCUUGCAGGGAGGGACACAACCAGCUCUGGUCUCACUUGGUUCUUUUGGCUUGUUUCGAGGCAUCCGAAAGUGGAAAACAAGAUCAUAGCAGAGCUUGAAUCAAUAAUACCGGCAGAGGAAACCAAAAAGUGGCGACUAUUCAAUGCUGAAGAGGUAAAGAAUUUGGUUUAUCUACAUGGAGCAUUGUGCGAGGCAUUAAGGCUGUAUCCCCCGGUUCCCUUCCAGCACAAGGAACCCUUAAAACCAGACAGUCUUCCCAGCGGGCAUCCAGUUUAUCCGAAGACGAAAAUCUUGUUUAGCUUGUAUGCACUUGGAAGAAUGAAGUCAGUCUGGGGGGAAGAUUGCUUUGAGUUCAAGCCUGAAAGAUGGAUCACGGAUCGAGGAGGGAAUAAACACGAGCCAUCAUACAAGUUCUUGUCCUUCAAUGCCGGGCCAAGGACCUGUUUAGGGAAGGAAGUGGCGUUUGUUCAGAUGAAAUGUGUGGCAUCUGCUAUAAUUUACAACUAUCGUAUUCAAGUACUGGAAGAAACCCCUGUUGUUCCGGCUGUGUCCAUUAUACUGCACACCAAGAAUGGAUUGAUGGCUAGGGUCUCCCGCAGAUGGGACUAAAUGCAUGCUACAAGCCUGCUUGAAGCUUGAAUGGGUAAAGUAAUCUCAAACCAGGUGGAGGCAUAUUUAGUUUCGCAAAGCAUAUCAUACUUUUCAUCUCCACUUCUACUCUACUUAUGAUUAGUAACUAAGUCAUUGAAAGCUAUGUUUUCUGUUCUAUUCUUUAAAAAAAAAUAGAAAUAAUUUAAAGUAAUAAUCUAGCUUCCUGGUUAUUUAUCUAGGAACAUCUAUGUUUGCUAAGAUGUUUGUGUGUCGACUCUUAUGGUAUUUGCUAUGUAGACAUGAAUCAAAGCUGGAGGACGUAUGCCUCUGUCAUGUUAGUAAAUUUGGUUUGAAUCCAAUGUUGUUGUACUUGAUAUAAUUUUAUCUGUUUCUAUCAAAAACAGAUUCCCUUUUUCAUUCAGGAAUUUGAUCGAA